GUAAUAUAUUGCUCAACCCCUCAAGUCCCCACUCGCAGAGGUAGACGCAACAGCAAACACGGCUGCACCAUCUCCCAACAUCAAAUGGGCCGUUGCGACCGUCUCCCUCGGCAAGCACGCGUCGCACACCCUGGACCGUAAGCUCGCGGCAGCUGCCAAGUUCGGUUUCCAAGGGAUCGAGCUCGUCUACGCCGACCUCAUGGGCUACGCGGCCCAGAACCAGCUGCCCCCCCUACAGGCCGCGGAGCAGAUCGGCGCACUCUGCAAGCAGCUCGGGCUGCAGAUCCUCAGCCUCAACCCGCUCAAGAACUUCGAGGGCAACCUCACCGUCCCGCUUGCCGAGCGCCUCGCGCAAGCCGCGGAGUGGGUCGACCUCGCCGCCGCAGCCGGCGCGCACAGCGUACAGGUGCCGUCGCAGUUCGCGCCGCACUCGACGGGCGACUUCGCGGUCAUCGUCCCCGAGCUGCGCGCGCUCGCGGACCUCGCCGCCGCGCGCGGCGUCGGCGUCGCCUACGAGGCGGUCGCGUUCGCCGCGCACCACGCGACGUGGCAGGACAGCCUGCGCAUCGCGGCCGCCGUCGGGCGCGCGGGCUUCGGCCUCUGCCUCGACUCGUACCACAUCCAUGCGCGCCUGUGGGGCGACCCGUGCGCGGCGGACGGGCGGCGGCCCGGCGGCGAGCGCGCGGUGCGCGACUCGAUGGCGGAGUUCCUCGCGAGCUGCCCGCGCGAGACGGUGCGCUACGUGCAGCUCUCCGACGCGUCGCGGCUGGACCCGCCGCUCACGGACGACUCGCCGCUGUUCGACGGGCUCGAGGUUAGGGACCCGCGCCUCGCGUGGUCGCGGAGCGCGCGGCCGUUCCCGCUCGAGGCGCCCGGGUACCUCCCCGUCGUCGAUAUCGCGCGGACGUGGCUGAUCGACUACGGCUGGGAUCAGUGGGUCUCGCUUGAGGGAUUUCUGGCGGAGACGGAGAGGGAGGAGAACGGCCCCGAGGUCAUGGCUGAGCGAGCCAGGAAGUCGAUCGACGAACUUUAUAAGCGGUUGUGAGGAUCUGGGAAUCCCGUUUGUCUCAUAGAGGGUCAAGAUAUCUAUUCCCGCAUAUGUUGCGUGGUGAUGUAUGUAUGUACAAGCUAGCGAAGCCAUGGGCGCAAUUUACAUGCACUACACAACAUUCCUCAAACGUGCUCCUGCUCGGACUGAGCGGGCUUCUCGUCAAUCGAUGGAGCGUCGUUCCCGGUUUUCGCCGCGCGAUUCUCGUGGACACGAGCCAUGACGGCGCCAUGGGCCUUCCAGGGCUUGAGAUCCGACGCGAACAGCUCCUCCAUGCGCUCGAGCGGGAUCUGCUUCGUCUCAGGCACGACGAA